UAACCACAGCAGCAGCUAGUGUAGGUUAGCCUGCGCAGUGACGAUGUACAGUCAGCACAAGCAGCUGGACAAUUUACCUGCAAGAUAAGAGACGUUUCAGCUGGCGUUAGGCUUAACACAUUCAUUAACUAAUGUGUGCUAAGUAACGACUAAUAGGAUCAGCUGUGCGAUCUAAUUUUGUCAAGUAAGGAGUCAAACGCUGAAAGAUGGAGGAGUUUGAAAGCAACGCUUCGGGCCGGGUAACAGUGUACUCCAUCCAAGGCUGCCCACACUGCAUGCAGGCGAAGGCCACCCUGGGGCAUUUGGGAGUACCGGUAUGUGAUGUGGACAUUGGGAGGCAUCCAGAGCUAAGGGCCCGGGUGAAGGAGCUGACAGGACGGAGCACAGUCCCUCAGAUCUUCUUCAACAGCGUUCAUGUUGGGGGCAACGAUGACCUGCAGAAAUUGGCUCCCGAGGAGCUCGAGAGGUUGGUGAAUCUGGUCAAGGAUGAGCCUCUUCCAACAGAUGCUCCACCGCUGCCAGAGGGGAACCAGUUAGAGGACACAGCUGGGGAGCCUGAUGGAGAGUUUCAGUGUGAGAGAGAUGAGUUUGCGGACCUGGUAGAGGACCUCAAACAUGGCAGUGUGAUUGGCAAUCAUAGAAGGGGACUGACUUUAUACAAAAAGAGCUUCUCAGGUGAUCAACUGGUUGACUGGCUGCAGAAAGAGAAGGGCAUGGGCAGGGCUCAGGCCUUUAAUACUGGCCAGGCAUUCUUGCAGAAGAAGUACAUGGUCAGUGUGCGUGGCGGUGGGCAGCAGGAUGGCAGUUUUGGAGAAGGGAAGGACAGCGGGGAGACACUUUACAGGCUGCUGGAGGAUGACCCUCAUUCAGCCCUCAACGCAGGACAGACGGCAGCCUGCAGUCCCAUCCAGGCUGCUGAGCUCUCUUUGCUUUUACGAGAGAUGAUUCUGAAAUUGUUCUCUGAGCAUCUCUCUGCUGAUGGCAAGUCUGUGGACUAUAAAGGCAUGUCAACGAACCCUGCGUUUGAACGUUACUGUGAGCUGGCCAUUCAGCUUCAGAGGGUGGAGUUGCUUUCACUGAGCCGGGAGGAGAAGCUGGCCUUCUUCAUCAACAUCUACAAUACCUUGGUCAUCCAUGGGAAUCUGCGUCUGGGGGCCCCAACCAACAUGUGGCAAAGAUACAGAUUCUUCAACUAUGUGAGCUACCUGAUUGGAGGAGAAGUGUUUACAUUACAGGACAUUGAGAACGGUGUUCUGAGAGGGAACAGAAAAGGUGUCGCACAGCUUCGGAGACCCUUCUCCAAAUCAGACCCACGGCUACAAGUGGCUCUUCCAGAUGCUGAACCCCUUAUCCACUUUGCCUUGAACUGUGGUGCAAAGGGCUGCCCACCAAUUAAAACGUACACCCCACAGGACAUCGACAGCCAGCUCCGCGUAGCGGCUGAGGCCUUCCUGGAGAAUGAUGACGGCUGUGUGGUGGAUUCUGGGAAAAGAGAAGUGCGACUCAGUCAGAUAUUCAAAUGGUACAAGGCCGACUUUGGAGGCACUGAUGAGAAGCUGCUGAGUUGGGUGCUUGAGCACAUGGGUGACUCCCCAAAGAAGACCAGCUUGCAAGGCAUCCUUUCUGCCGGGAAGACCAAAGUGAGCUUCCUCCCUUACGACUGGAGCACCAACAGCAGCCACUGAGACACGCAAAACACAUACACGUCGAGCUAUAUGCAACGUCUUUCUGCGUCUGUUCACUUUCUGCUGCGCUGCAUCCACUUUAAAAGCAGAUGGUUGGUGAUGGCUUGCUUGCCAGAUGCAGUCCACCGGUCCUCAACCAUGCAGAUGUUUUUAUGCAAAACAAAGCUAGUGGUGAGAGGGUCUAGUUUGCACUGUAUCAUCAAAUCAUUCUUCUCUUGUAGGCUUAUUUUAGCUUUAAGGUCUUGUCGUAAGCUCCCAUGCCCCAUGUUUGGAAGUUUAUAUACUUUGUUGAGUUGUACAUUUUAAUGGUUUGAAGGGAGUCUAUUUUAGAAAUCAAGUUGUACGCAUAUACUUUAUGCUGCAGCAGCCUAAUUAAUAGGAUAAAAUGCAUAUUAAGUUUGUUAUUAACAUCCUUUUAUUAACGUUUCCUACAGUGUGUAAAAUGUCAAACCCUGAAAAUUGAUAGACAUAUCACAAUUUAUUUUAGAGCAGGUCUACUGCUGACUAUGUAAUGAUAACUUUAAUCAUCAAUACAGCUCCCAUGCUCUCCAGUUCUAGCCCUUAAAUGGUGUCAGCAACUCAGGAGUCAUAGAUGAUCCCUAUCUUCUCAGUCCAGUUCAACGCUUGUUAGACUAUUCACAUGAAGCUCAAAAACGUUUGAUCACAGCAUUUAAUCAGAGCAGAUGGAGACAAUAACUCGGUUCAUUCUCCAAACUCUCUGCCUUGACAAGCCAUAUUAAAACCCUGCGAACUUACAACGGUACUUCUACAAAGCUGAUCUGUCAUUGUCAGAUGACAAUGCAAAGCUGCACCAUCUGUAGAAUUUGUAAGGGCCAUUUUUAACCUGCAGAUGUAAAACGGUUGAUUUUUCAUGCUACAGGUUAAGAAAAUAAUAGCUGCUGCAGUUUUAACACUUAAUGUAAAGGGAACUCAUAUUACACCCAGCGGAUGUUAAAUAUAAAUAUAACUCCACUUGUGGCUGUAAAACACCAGAUGCUUUUUGAAGAUUUUAUAAAGAAGUGUGUGAAUUCUUCUCCUUUAUAAACCACUAUGACUCAGGUUUAGCACUGAGUUUUAGUGUUACCUAGAGAAAUACUUAUUAACUUUUAUUCAGCGCUUUUUCAAGGGACAAACAAAAUGCGGUUACAUGCUGCUGUGAUGGCACAUGUCGUGUGCCACAGUGGCUACGAGGGCGCUGUAUCCUCUGAAGUCCCCAUCUUUGUGGACGGGGUUAUUUGUAGGAUCCAGCCCCUGAAUUAAAAACCAAAACACAAAAAAAGCGACUGUGUGCUUGUUUAAGAAGCUCAGACUUUGUCUUGUGUCUUGUUCAGCUUUUACUCCUGACCCCCAGUGGUAUUUUGUUUCUUCCUAAUGUGAACCUAUAAGGUUGUUCACCCCUCUUUUUUAAUCCAGGUCUUCCAGUUUAAAUUGAAAAAGUGCUACUGUUGUGUUUUAGCACACUUAUUUAGUAAAGGACAUAGUAAUAUUGUGAAUAAAUGAAAUAUUUAUCCAGAGUCUACCCAUUUUGGAUGCACUUUGACACUUUGCAUGUUUUUGCUGGGUUUGAAUACUACUGAGACAUAUUUGUACAUUUUUUUUUCACUAUGACAAUGUUCACUGUUUGUCUACAUGAGAACAAUGUGCUGUGUUUAUCAAGCUAUUUAUUCCAGAGUGUCUGCAGAAUAUUCAAAAUAUUUCUUCAAAAUAUUUCCCAUCACCCACAUCAGUAGUCAUGAAUGCAAUUAAAUGUAGCAGUGUAAGUCUUAUUGAUUUUUAAUGUUUGGUGAGUUGUGUUUCCACCUAAAUUUUUACAGUUUUUUCCAGUACUUAUUGGUUAUCCAUUUUACUUGGCCUUAAAAGUUAAGACUUCUUCAUUUUAAAAAUUGUACAUUUUCCAAUGUGAUGCCCACACAUUUAAUUAACAUAAUUCUAUGGUAAUAAGGACUGUAGAGCUUAGACAGAAACUAUAAAUAAGGGGCUUUCUCUGUUUCCAUAAUUCACUGACUCUCUUAUCUCAGGUCCAAGGAUAAUAUGAGUGUUUAUAGUCAUAACAAUUUCAGCUCAUUCUGUACAGUCCAUAUUCCUUUCUAAAGACAUUGUGUCAUAUGUUAUAAUUCUGCUGUUAUUUUUGUUCUUCAAGCUACAAACAGCUCCAAAGCAAAUGGUUAAAUUAGCAUGGUUAAAACUGAAUGAUGCAUGCACUGAAUGCAUGAUACUGGAAAACCCUCCAGUCUUGAAUGUUGGCCUGUAGCGGAACCGCCCCUCUGUCACUUUGUUCUUGGCCUGUAAGCUCAGCCGUAAUAGUUUGACCUUUACUCUUGCCCCCAAUAUGACAGAUACAGGGUCAUUUAGACCCUCAUAAGGGAAUUCAACAGUGCAAACCCAGGUUUUGUGAAGCCAGCCAUAAUUAAACUCAAGCAAAAAGUGAGAUUUAUCAACCUUCACAAAUUUUCCUGUAAUAUACAAGCCCUCAGUUUACUACACGUAAUUCCAUUAUUGACUGAUUGAAACAAAAAAUAAGGAACAAUAGACAAUUGGUGGACCUAUUUUAACUGAGGAAAAUUGUUUUAUUUAUGUAUAUUCCUGUACUUUUUAAAAAUUACCUCACAUGUAUCAGGAAAAUGUGAUGCAAAAACUUUUUUAAAUAAGCAAUUCUAUUUUCUUCUGUCCUGGUGUUAACAAUGAAGCAAUAUGUUUAUGAAUAGUAAAUAUGCAACGCUGAACUAAAAUAAAGUAUAUAUUGAGUCUG